GGAGCUCCUCUUCUCGCCAUACCUGAGACAGAAGGAGACUCACUCAGUUUAAUAAAUCGAUGGGAAAGAAUCAAGAUUCUCCAUCACGAAUUCAGCCACAGAUGGAAGGAAGACUAUCUCAAAGAUCUCCAUAAGAGAUAUCGCUGGAAAACGGCCCAGAAGGAAGCCAAGGCAGGAGAAUGCGUAAUCAUACAGGACGAAUGCCUUCCUCCAACAGAAUGGCGACUAGGCCGCAUUGAAAAGGUUCAUCGAGGAUCAGAUGGUCACAUAAGAGUAGUCGAUGUGCGAACACAAACCGGCAUAUUAACUCGACCAGUCACCAAACUGUGUUUUCUUCCAAACGGCGAAGAACAACUUCAACCAAAACCGCAAAAUAACACGCAAAAGUAAUCGAAAAAUAAUAAACCAAUUCCGCUAAUUCGAAAAUAACCCGCUUUAUGAUCCGUACAAAAAAUAAAUUCAACCAAGCGCGUUGAAAAUCAAUUUAUUAUACAAACAUAUACAUGCAUAUGUAUAGAUAUGUAGCUACAACAACUACAUGCUAAUAUUAUAAACAAAAUCAAUUUAAUUACAAUUCUAUAUUCCCAUAGAAAUGGACGUAGAGGAGAUCCAAACCGCCUCCAACACCGUCAGGUCCGAAAUCGCUAUACCCAAAGCGUCGGCUGCACCAGUUGCCGCUCCAAGGACCAGGGUUAUGCGACCACCGCCAUCCGCCGAAGCAGUCCGGGAGAUGAGAGAGGAGCAGCUAUUGGAGCCUCAGGGGCCUCCAGGUUGCAGCUUGUGCCAUCGCCCACACGCCCUGAAACGAUGCUCCAUUUUCAAGAGCAUGAAGCCUGCUCAGCGGCAACAGGUUGCAAGAGCCCAUGGGCAUUGCAUGACCUGCCUGGCAGAUGACCACGCCACCAUAGAGUGCUGGGCCGACGGCGCCUGUCAAUAUUGCCAGAGGCCCCAUCACACUCUAUUUCAUCGUUUUCCCCGCCGAGCCAAUCCGUCGGAAAGUAGCACCAACGCCCGUAUCAGACCACGCAGCGAUGCUACCCGGCGACGACGAAGCAGCCAAACAACCGCAACACGUAGACGGCCAUCUCCGCCACGCCACGCUCAUCGUCAGCAACAACGACGCUCAACAGGGUUGAGCGCUGUACUAAACACAUUGCAACAGCUGCAACGGCUCCUAGCCGAUUAAUUCGCCUAGGGGGGCCGGGAUGUUCACAUGAGCUAUGAGCGUUCUGCAGCAUCCCACAUCACAUCAUCACAUCACCACAUAUCACCACACAUCACAUCAUAUCACGUCACAACACCUCAUCACACAACAGCUCACAGCAUACCCCAAUACACACACACGCAUCAAACACCGAUCAUUACUACAACACUGCAACACAACAACCAUACGAUCAUCAACGAGACGACUCGUAAUGUCAGCUAAUUUCACCACCCAAACCAUAAAAAGGGAUUGAUUCGACCGGGAUUACCUUCUUACCGUUUUCAUCCGUGAAACAAGGCAGUCGUUCGCGAUAUUCUUUUUUUAAUUCGCACCGCAACAAACCGCAAUUUAAUUUUUCCUCCAACAAACCGCCAAGUGACGGGAGUGACGCACCCAACGAGUUCGCCUUUCGCCAACAGUGUGCAGCAGUGGGUUUCAUAUACAAAAGACUAAACAACUAAUAAAAAGUGUACCGAUCCAUAUAGGAUAAACUGAAUAAAUACAACGAUAAAUUUAACGAGUGUGAAAAUUAAAAAUCAGUGAAUUUUAUUUAUUAUCCAGCUCAUAAGUAUACUAAAUAUAUUUAUAUACCAAGUAAGUAUACUAGAUACUUAUGAUUCAUGAAGAUCCAAUAUAUGUAAAGUCGUAUAGAUAUCCUGAAAUUCAUAAAUCAGAAGUAAACAAACAAAUAAAAGAAAUGCUUGAAAAACAAAUCAGUUCUCAUAGUAAUUCCCCAUAUUCAGCACCAAUUUGGGUGGUACCAAAGAAGUCAGAUGCUUCGGGUAAAAAGAAGUGGAGGAUUGUUGUCGAUUUUCGCAAGCUCAAUAGUAUUACCAUCGAUGAUAGGUAUCCUAUUCCAAACACGGAUGAAAUUCUCGAAAAACUAGGUAUUUUUCAACAGACUUAGCGCAAGGCUUCCAUCAAAUAGCUUUAGCAGCUUUCUCUACUCAGAGCGGACAUUUUGAAUUUUUAAGAAUGCCAUUUGGGCUUAAAAAUGCGACAGCCACCUUCCAGAGACUGAUGAAUACGGUUCUAGAUGGUUUAAUAGGGAGAGAUUGUAUGGUUUACUUAGACGACAUUGUAGUAUUCAGUACGUCAUUACAGGAACAUAUAAAAUCUCUAGACAGAGUUUUUCGUAAAUUAAACGAAGCAAAUCUGAAAAUUCAGAUGGAUAAAAGCGAGAAACCGAAUUUCUUGGUCAUAUCAUAACGCCAGAAGGUAUUAAGCCUAACCCUAAUAAAAUCAAAGCAAUUUUAAAUUAUCCCGUUCAUAAAACGGAAAAUGAAAUAAAACAGUUUCCUGGCUUGGGGAGAUUUUAUCGUAAGUUUAUUCAAAACUUUUCUGAAAUAACUAAACCUUUGACUAACUGUCUUAAAAAAGACAUUAAAAUAAAUAGUUCAGAUGAGAAAUUCGUGGAAGCUAUAAACACCAUAAAAAUUUUAAUUACUAAUGAUCCAAUUCUGGCGUAUCCAAAUUAUGAGAAAAUAUUUACAUUGACGACUGAUGCGUUAAAUGUGGCAUUAGGGGCAGUGUUAAGUCAACAGGGACAUCCAAUUUGUUUUGCUAGUCGCACAAUCAAUGCACAUGAGCAGCACUACUCAACUACUGAGAAAGAACUUUUAGCCAUGGUUUGGGCUACCAAAUAUUUUAGACCAUAUUUAUACGGCAGGAAAUUUUUAAUAAAUAGUGAUCAUAGACCAUUGCAAUGGCUCCACAACUUAAGGGAACCAAAUAGUCCAGUCAUUUAAGCUUAAAUUAGGUAAGAAUCUCGGAAUUCCAUAU